AUGUCUAGCUCAUCAUCUUCGACUCCGAACUUAUUAUCUUCUCCAAAUGAAGCUAUGAGGAAGACAAAUGAGCUUUUCAUUUUCAAUGUUCGUUGCCACAACGAACAAGUUAUGUUACCGUUGGAUUUUCCGGGUAUAGAAGGCAAAUAUGGGAAACUAAUUCGUGGAAAGACAAAAGCUUCAAUUGCAAAGGAAUAUAAUCCUUUACAGAAAGACCUACGCCAGUACUUUUGCUCAGCAAAAGACUGA